AUGGAGUUUGAUCACUUUCCAGAUGGCGGGAAGUUAAGUGGUAGUGCCGUUCAGUCAUCUAUAUAUAAAUACUAUGAGGCUCAACGCGCUAUUGAUGGGAUAAGACAAGCCCCAGGACCAGCGUCAUUUUGCACCCAUACAGGUUUAGAUACAAAUCCAUGGUGGAGGCUGGAUCUGUUGGAUAUUUACUAUAUUAGCACCGUGAUCAUCACAAACAGAGCCGACUGCUGUGCAGAUCGGCUCAACAAAGUACAGAUUCGCAUCGGAAACUCCCUGGAAAACAACGGCAACAACAAUCCCAUAUGUGCUGUGACUACUAGCGUCCCCUUAGGAGCUUCCUACAGCUACUCAUGCCCUGAUAUGGAGGGACGUUAUGUGAACAUCGUUGGUACUGCGAAGAAUUAUUUAACGCUCUGUGAAGUCGAAGUGUAUUCGAAAUUUACAGUGAACUUUGUGAGGAUGAACUUUGCCUCCAGUAGUGAUUUAGCCGGCCCAGAGAGUGAUAAACUCCUCUAUCAGUUGCAGUCUGCUCUGGAAGUAAGAGGGAUCACUAACUUCACACUGUCCUGGAUUAAACCUCCCCAGAAAGAGGUGGAGAAAGUAGAGAAUAAGGGUGAGCACGUUCACACAACCCAACUAUUAAAAGACAUCAUUCGUUUAAGGCAACGUUGCGGUAGGAAGGAGUGCUAUACAGUCACCACGCAUGCCGGCUGGGAAGCUGGAAAAGCCGUAGAUGGCAUCAAAAACAACUGGUCAAAGUGUUCCUCAACCGGUUCCGGGAUUAACCCGUUCUGGAGGCUGGAUCUGCUGAACAUCUACAGAGUUCACAGGGUGGUCAUCACUAACCGAAUAGACUGCUGUGCAGAACACAUAAACGGAGCAGAGAUUCGCGUCGGAAACUCGUUGGAGAAUAACGGCACCAAUAACCCCAUAUGUGCGGUCAUUUCCAGGCUGGCAGCCGGUGUGUCCUGCACAUACUCAUGCGACGGACUGGUGGGGCGUUACGUGAAUCUGGUGAUCCCUGGAACGAAGAAGGUCCUUUCUUUGUGUGAGGUGGAGGUCUUCGGGACAGACAACGAAAAGCCUCUCAUCAGUAAUGGUUCCCCUCAGCUGAAAGCAGGUUUGAAGAUCCCUGACGUGAAUCUGAGCUGGAUUCGGCCUCCGGAGGAAACCAUCACCGAGGACGCAGGGACAGCUCUGUAA